AGCGGGGGCGAAGCGGAAGUCGAGGACGAUUCGCCCGGGAAGUUUGACGUUUCCCCAAACUCGUCCUUUGUUUUGUUUUUGGGCAACUCUGAUUACGUUUCGUUGAACUAACCAUCGAUGUAGGGUUGUUUUUUUUUUUAACUGUCGUUUCUCUGAACGCUUCAACAGCCACGUCAACAACGAGAAUAAGCGCACUAGCAAAGUCACGCACACUCAAGUCGUACAACAACAAGGUUAGUCCCACUGAACCAACGCGCGAGGCAAUGGUCCCGGUGCACACGGCGGUCAUGGAGUCCACCGAGAGACGAUUCGCUCACCUGCUACAGCCCAUCCGGGAGCUCACCAAGAACUGGGACAUGGACGUGGCGGCCGAGCUCAACGACUACCUGGAAGAGCUGGACGAGAUGUGCAUCACGUUGGACGAAGGCAAAACCCAACUGAACUUUGCCGAGGCGGCGCUGCUCAUCCAAGGUUCCACCUGCAUCUACGGCAAGAAGGUGGAGUUGCUGCACAGUCUGGUCUUCCAAACGUUGGACUACAUCCGAGACAGGAAGCGCAAACGAUGCCAAGAAGCGGCGGCGCACGACGACGAGCGCGAUGCCGCGGCAGCGCGGCGAGAUGACGAUUACGAGGAAGACUUUUGCGAACUGGACAUUGAAGCGCCUGACUGGGUGGACAGGCCAGAAGUCGGCGUGCCGGUGAAAGUGGCUCCUCUCCCUCCGGCGUCUCUGCUUCCUCCUGAAAGUCGAGACAAGCACAAGUUUCCCCUCAUCAGUGCCAAAGGUGAGGUGGUGUGCAGCCAGAAGGACUUCCGCAUCAACAUUUUCCUGCCGGGACUUCAGGACUUGAUCUACCUGACGCUGCCCUCCGCCUCCGCCGCCGCCGCCGCCGCGCCUCUCUGGUGGACGCGCACAGCUUCUGACCUUUCUCCACCGCACGCGCCGGCCUCAGGCGUCGUCGACUCCGCGAGCGGCAGUCAUGAAAUGGCGGACGGCCCAGAGGGGAGCUUCCUUCCUGCGGACGGCGCCGUGGAAGCGCAACAGGACGUAGACGAGCACGUCGAGAGGCAGCAGGGUCCCGGAGAACGGCGGCGGUGGCGGCGGGUUCUCCCCGAAGAUAGGGCGGCGCCCCCCGCUUGCGACACUUGGGCGCUCCACGACGCGUAUGCCUUCCUGGAGGAGAAAGCUUUCAAGUCAGGAAAGGCCCACAAGGUUCCGGCCGGUCUGGACGAGGGCGGCGGCAAGAGGAAACGGCAGGCGGCGGCGCCGCUGCAGGACUUCUGGACCUGGUUCAAACAAACAUACGAUCCUCCAGAGCGCAAGCUGAGAAGGGGACCCGCCCGCAUCGACCUCAACCACAUUUAUCAGAGUCGCCUGAAAAGCAAGCUGAGCAAUCUCAAAAGAAGCACCGGGAAAGAAUUUGGCACUCACGCCGCGGAUGAGGACCUGAUGUCGAGACUUCUGGAGGUGGAAAACGCAGAGGCGCAAGGAAAGCAACAGGACCCGGGCGAUGGAUUCGAGGCAGAUGAAGAUGAAGACCACCACGAGCAGCAAAUGUUUGAGGCAGAAGGAGUCGACGCGUCUCCAGAAGUCGAGCUGAGCUACAAGGAGCUGGUCAGGCUGCGAGUGGAGCAGAUGGCGAGGAGCUGUCAAGACUAUGCGCAGCAGACGGCCUUGUCCCGCCGCGUCCACGAGUGGGAGGACCAGCUCCGUCCCAAACUCCUCCAGCAGGAGGCGCGUCCGGCGCUCCAGAUCCACGAGUACGCCGACAGGAUCGUGUCGGCGUUGGGCGGGGCGGGCCGGCGCCGCGCCUUCUCGUCCAUCGUGCGCGGCUCGGACGGCUCGGAAGCCUGCCGCUUCCUGCUGGCGUCUCUGCAUCUGGCCAACGAGUACACGGUGGCCAUCGACGGCGCGGCGGGUCUGGAGGAGAGCGUGGACUCCAUGGCCUUGACUCUGCUCGGCGGCGACCGCUUGCGUCCGAAAGCGCCCUGCUGUGAUCGCGGCCACGGAGAGCUCCGGCCUGCGGCGUGAAAAGCGCGUCCGCGCGUAGGAUGAAGAGCAAGCGUUGGAAAGGAGUUCCUCGGGGGACUCUAUCCCCCUUCCUCUUUUUUAAUCUUUCCCAGUCAAUAAAC